UAGAAUUGAAGUGAGAGGGAAUUAUUUUAUGAGUAUUUAGGAUAGGGAUUAAUCGCUUUAAAAAGAGUUUUUUGAGGAUUGUGGACAUUGCAGGAAGAAGGCUGAUGGGUCUGUAGGAGGAUAUGUGGUCGAGAGGUUUAUGAUGUUAAAUUAAACCAGCCAGUUUAAAUUUAUGGGGAAUCACAUGACAAGACAGUUUUAGAAAAGUUCAUCAAUCGUUUUGAGUCAUCGAAGGCUAGCGUUAAAGAGAUGCCAGGGGACAUUGAUAUUGACACCAGUGAAAAUGUUAUUCGCCUCGAGGCCGAGAAAGAGGAAGAUGCGUACGAGAAGCCGAAAAAGACCUGGGAUAACGAGGAAAAAGUGGUUAACAGGGAUGGCGAGGUGUCUUGCAGGCAAGACGAGCUACAGAAAUGCUUCCUCGACAAGCUGAAAAUCGACGGCAAGUAUGACGUGAAAGCCGUAGAGGAAAUGAGCAAAGAGAAAAAGACGUGGACUGAUGAAGAGAGGACGAUGCUGCAAGAACAGCUUGACAAAGAAUUUGAUGAUUUUAUUAAAGGAUUGGAAACAAGGAAGCAAUCGGAAGCAUGGCCUGAAGAAAAAUGGGAAGAGGAAAUGGAAAAACAUCCUUUCUUUAUGAAAAACACCCCUGAAAAUGGCGAACUUCCUCCUUUACUCGAAGGCCUCUGCCAGCUUAAGUAUAGCUCAAGUGAAAAUACUCCUGAAGAAUUAGCAAAUGCUUUUAAGGAUGAUGGGAAUUUCAAUUUUAAGUGCAAAAAUUAUCGAAUGGCAGUUAUAAGUUAUACAGAAGGAAUAAGCAAGAAAUGUAGUAACGCAAGGCUCAACGCCCAGCUCUACAACAACAGAGCGGCUGCACAAUUUUACCUUAAAAAUUACAGGUCUUGUUUUUACGACUGCAAGAGGGCUUUGGAGUGCCAGCCUCACUAUCCGAAAGCCUCUUUGAGACUGGCACACGUCUCUCUACUGCUGGGAGAGUUUGAUGAGUGCCUCAAAGAAUGCGAGAUCCUAUUAUCGAGCGACCCGACUAACAAAGAAUACAAAAAUAUCCAAGAACAAGCUGCUAAAUCAAAAAAAAUCAAAGAAAGAAAUGAUAGGAAAGAAUUUGUAAAAAGCAAAAAAGCUGAACUGGACAAGAAAAUUCUCGAAAAAGCUAUUAAAGAGAGAGGGAUAAAAAUGUUAAAUACAGAAACUGCGAAUAUUGUAAAUAACCUUUUUUCUGACGUGGCGAAGAAAGGAGUGCAUCUGGAUGAUGACAAAAGGAUAAUAUGGCCGGUGAUUCUUCUCUACCCAGAAUAUAGGAUGUCAGACAUCAUUGAAUGUUUCCAUGAAGAUACGACAUUUGAAGAACAGUUUCAAGAAGUAUUUGCAGAAGUGCCUGAAUGGGACUUGAAAGGAGUUUAUAGACCAGGAGCGCUCAACAUUUAUUAUGAAGACGCCAAUAACGCCAUCCACCAGGUGCACCCGGCCGACACAUUGGGCUCCGUUCUUUCAAGGGAAUCUUAUUAUAUCGACGCUGCGACACCAUCUUUUAUUGUGAUGCCGAAGGACUCAGAAGCAGAUACCAAGUUUUUGGAAGGACAGUUCAGCAGCUUCCAGUGAAGGUCGAUCCUGUUUCAUACAAAAUUUUUGUAAAUUUCUGCAUUUGUUACCGUUAGACAUAAUUAUGAUUUUUAAUAAAGGAAAAUUGGUAUAA